AGAGCGACCCCAAUAUCAAAACACCAUACCACUACUGACACGACCUCAUUCAUAGAAUAAAACAACUGCAACAGAGUAGCAGUAACAUGAGAAAAUAAAUAGACCGGUAUAAGAAUAGGAGAAGACGUGAAAGAGGAACCAUAACAACAACAAUACCAUCGUUAUCACCACCAACAGCAUUAUUAGUACUGACGAAGACAAUAACUUCUCAGUCCCAGCCUGAAUUGUAAAGUUUCAUGUAUAUGUGACGAAGCGCGUAAAUAUGUGAUACAAACGAGUAUAAUAAGCAGAACGAAAGAUCAGACUAAACACAACAGUGAAAGAAGAAGAAGACUGCCGACAACUGCAAUGAAGAGAACAAACGAUAUAAAAAUCAAUAUCAAUAUCAGUAUCGGCAACUGAUAUAAUAAAUAAAUAUAAAUAUCAUCUGCACAGAAUAUAGAACAACGGAACGGUAUUCUACGUAACAACGGAACAUCUUUCUACGGAACAGUGGAACAUACCCCGGGAAAGUGAACAAGCUUAAAGUAUUGCAAUGGCUUGAGAAAUAUCUGUAGAUUCCCUUUAAUAUUAUUAUCUUUUACACCUCCCUUUUAUCGAUAUCCUCCACUUACAUUCCCUGUUUUUUCAUAUCUUGGAAUUAAACAACGUAGAAAAUAAACAACACACACAGCAACAUCGAUAGGACCAUUCGAUAAACACAAGUCAUGUUUGUAUUACCAAGUCAUUUGAUUGUUAAUUAAAAUGUGGUAGCCACGCUGAAAAGAUGUCCAGCGAAGUGAAUAACUCCGAUACCCCCUGCGCCGGCCUGGAUGAAUGGCCUGGCCAGAUGAUACAUCAGGCAGCCAUCUACAACAACAGUGAGUUGAUGCAGUGUCUACUGGAAGGAGACGAGUUGGCAAAUGUUAACCAAUUAGAUAGCAGUGGUCGGACAGCUGUCUAUACUGCAGUGACAAAUAAUAGUGUUGAUUGUCUCAAAUGGCUCAUACAUUAUGGAGCUAAUCUGAACUUUCCGGGAGGCCCCAAAUGUCACAACAAUACACCACUCCAUGUUGCUGUGGAGAAAGGCUUCAAGGACAUUGUUGUCACCCUUCUUGAUGCUGGCGCUGACCUCAAUGCCUUAAAUGUAUUCAACUUGACCCCAGUGAAAAUUGCUGAACUGCGAGGGGAUGUGGAGAUCUACAGCUGUUUAUUAAGAGAGAAAGCGAAAAGAACUGCAAAAUGGGUUAAAAUAGCUGAUGAGUUUUUAUUAGCUUGUGAACAAGGAGAUAUGAUGAGAGCUAUGGAGUUACGGGAGAAAAUCGGUGAUCGUGCAGAAUCUAUCAUUAGCGCCAUGAAAUACAACAAGACUCUUUUGUGUGUAUGCAGAUCAGGAGAGAAAGAUCUGGUUCGCCUUUUACUAACAAUUAAUCUGGAAGUGGAUAGUGUCAGCUUUGGUGAUAAAUCUCCAUUACAUGUGUCCUGUGAAGAAGGCCAUUUGGAAGUGACCCUGUUGUUGCUUGAGAAAUAUCCAGAAAACGCAGCGUUGCGUUGCCCCAACGGAAGACUUGCCAUACAUUAUGCUGCCAUGAAUGGUAAACUAGAUAUUGUUUCCUUAUUGCUGGAGUUUCCAUACCCUGAUCAAGCACUGAUGCAAAUUAAUCACACAACUGAUGGCAAUCAACAUUUCCAUCACGCCUUCGAUCCUGACACUUUGGACUUUGAUUCCAAGUCAGCCUUGUACCAUGCCUGUGAAAAUGGACACUACAGUGUCGUCAAGUACAUGCUUCACAAGGAAAUGCCUGCGUGUAAGACAUGUGUAAAAUGCAUUCCAGAAAAGACUUCUGAAAGUAUGACCCAAAGUCAAAUGUUUCCCACAGUUCACUUAUGUAAACCAUUCACUGUAAAUGGACUGAGUCCUCUGCAAAUAGCUGUUCUUCAUAAUUUUCAGGAAAUUGCAAGUAUUCUGCUAGAAACUGGGGUUAACACAGGAGUUAGGGCUGACCCUAAUGAACUCACAUUCGUCUUGAAAACAGCUUCUGAUUACGGCUACAUUUCUUUGGUUGACCUUCUUUUACAACAUGGUGCCAAAGACGAUCGUAAUCAUAUUCUCAUGGCUGCUGAAAUAUCUCAGGAUGUUGAGAUGCUUGGGGUGAUUCUCAAAUAUAAAACUGUACCGGAUACUCAUUGUCAUAUUGACCGUAAUCAAGUGAAGCAGAAAGCUUCCGAAUUGUCUUUUAUGUCGGAGAGUGGUAACAUCGAGAGCUUUAACUCUUCUGAACUCGACGGACAACUUUAUCCUCCAAUGACUGCUGUUUCUCUUUGCUGGCAGGACUUGCGUAUUCUCACAUGCGUGCACACUUCUUGGUUGAUUUCUGCUUCUUUGCUUCACAACCCUUACCUUAAUAGCAGCCACACACAACUGUCGUUGUGUACCAUCACAAGAAUUAAUCUUCAGGGCAACAGAAUAUUAAAGUUUCCGUCCAUUUUAUAUGAAUUAUCUUCUCUUUGUUACUUAGAUAUUUCACACAAUGAGGUUGACGCACUUUCUGAAACAAACCCCUUACAGGUUGGAGAACUGUGGCCAAAUCUAGUCAAAUUGAACAUUAGUCACAACAAGUUACUUUUUUUACCAAGUUAUAUCUUUCAUUUACCCAUACUAUUUUAUUUAAAUGCUUCCUACAAUCGCUUAGAGAACAUUCCAGAGGACUUUUGGUUCACAUCUUCGUUAGAGAAUGUCGAUUUCUCUUAUAACAACUUGCGAUCCUUUAUGUGUCCAGCUUAUCAGAGCCGGGUAAUGAUGUCAAAUCGGCAAAGAUAUUCAACCACCUACUCCUGCAGCGAGAGUGUUUCCAGCAAUGACAAUUCAGAAGUAUUCACCUUGGGGCAUUCCACCAGCCAAGAGCUGGAUGAGUAUAGCGAUACUGUGUUAUCGCAUAACUUGAAAAUGGACGUGCAACAUUGUGUCUAUUGGCACAGCAGUUUGCAGGUGAGCACGGAAUCUGAUGUGCCCGCUAACGAUGAAAAUGGACGUAAACUAGGCCUUAAAGUUCUCAACCUUUCAUCCAAUCACUUGAAAGAAAUUCCUGAGGGUUUGGCUUGUUGUUUCCCAAACCUGGAUCAGCUAAAUAUCUCAGAAAAUGAUAUUUACAAUUGGGGCAAUCUCAGUCUUUAUCCAUCGAUGUUGCGAGAACUUGAUCUCAGCCAAAACCGGCUCAUCAGUAUGUCGUCGAAACAAGGUUCUACAUCAACAAGCACCGAGUCAUUGUUUUGCUAUAAUACCAGACAGGGAUCAACAUCUUCGUGGAGGCUCAGUGGCACACCACCAUUUACUUCUUACAUACAAGACUUGAACACCUGUGUUCAUCGUCAGCACCGAAUUUUGGUGAAUUUGCAGACAUUGAAUUUGCACGCUAAUCGUCUUUCAUCCUUAAACUUCAUUCAUCCUGUUAAUACAUCUGCUGACUCUUGCCAUUCAAGAAAUUCUGUUGGAACUGAAGGCUCUUUCCGAAGUUCCACAACAUCUGGAAUAGGUCCACCACCAGUGGUAAUAUUUCCAAACUUGACCAUGAUAGAUGUGAGUUUCAAUCGAAUCAACAAAGUUGCUGGGGAUAUUGGUUUAUUGUCUCAACUGAAAAUGCUAAAUCUUAGUGACAAUGACAUACGAGAGCUUCCUGCUGAAAUGGGUUUACUGAAAAGAUUGUGGAAGCUUGAUCUGGAAAACUGUCCCUUAGAAGGUCCUGUGCACGACUUGAUUGCAAUGAAUCGACCUGCUGUUGAGAUUACAGGCUUUCUUAAUUCAGUGCUUGAAGCGGAAUGUGAAUACAACUGCUUAAAUCUGAUGCUUGUUGGCACUCAUAAUGUUGGUAAAACAUCUUUACUGUUGCAACUGAGGAAACUCUGCAAAAUACCCAAAGACAGUCGACCGAAACAUUGGGUGGAGCGCAUUGGAGGAAGCGGCACAGCGAAGGGACGGCUAUUAUCAACAGUAGGCAUUGACAUGGAGAAGGUGAUUCUUGAUAAACCAACAAAAGGUCCAAUCACAUUCCGGACUUGGGACUUUGGAGGACAGCGAGAGUACUAUGCCACACACCGCUACUUUCUGCUGAAGCGUUCACUCUACCUUGUAAUCUGGAAGAUUUCAGAUGGUGAGGAAGGUGUUAAUGGUAUGCUUCAGUGGUUAAUUAAUAUCCAGUCUCAAGCUCCUGGUUCAUCAGUUAUCAUUAUUGGAACUCACUUGGAUGUCCUCAAGAACCGAUCAACUCGUGGCAGCUUCCCAAAAGACUUUGAAGAAACCAUGAUGAAACUCAUUGAAGAACGGUACAUGGUGCCUGAACCAGACAAAUGUGGUUUGCCUAUUGUGAUCGAUGCUUGGAAUGUCAGCAACAUAACAGGAAAUAAUGUGAAAAAACUACUACAGCGUAUAUAUGACUUAGCUUUUGAGCUAAGGUAUCCAAAAAGUAAACAAACCAUUCUACUGAAGCAAAAGAUUCCAAAGAAAUAUUUGUUUCUACAAGAAAUAGUUCAAGAAAUAGCGGAAAACAAGAAAGCUAAUGGAGAAGACCCUGUGUUAACACGCGAAUUGUACAAAAUACAAGUGAUGAACAAGAUGAUGGAACGCAUUGGGACAUCUUUUAGGGAUGUUGCUGAACUUGAUCAGGCCACACACUUCCUUCAUGAAAAUGGUGUCCUUUGUCAUUAUGAAGAUAUCAACCUAUCUGAUACAUACUUCCUUGACCCCCAGUGGCUUUGUGAUCAACUUGCUAAAGUGGUCACCAUUCGAGAAGUAAACAAAUUUGCUGUCAACGGUGUGAUGUAUAUGAAAGACUUAGGUCUGCUCUAUAAGAGUUUAUCAAAGAGUCCAAAUUCCGGUUCUCAAGGCUAUAUGUUAGACUUACUGAGUAAGUUUGAAUUAGCCCUACAGUUUGAUAAAGAUAAACUUUUAAUUCCAUCUUUGCUACCAACUGUGCCCUGUGAAAAACAAGUUCUGGUAAAAUUAAAAUAUGAUGAAAGUGAUGAAGAAAAUCCAAAUUUGAACUUUGAUGAGAGCAUCAGUAUAAAAGUCCCAGAAAAUAUUCCUACCAAACCACUACCUCAGAACAAUCUUGUAAAAGUUGAAACGUCUCCUGUACUUGAAAAUAAACAAGAAAAUUCUUUUGAUACUUCCCAAGCAAAACUGAAUUCUUAUAAAUUGGAACCGAUCCAUUCCAUGUGCCGACUAUACCAGCUAAUGUACAUACCCAGUGGAUUUUGGCCCCAGGUUAUUACAAGACUCUUGGCAGACAAAUGUAUAUACACCACAGCUGAAUACUUGUUUGAUAUUGAUUGUUGUUGUGACCAAUGUCUGCCAAUUAUCCGUAAAGAAAUUGUGAAGACAAUUCGAUGGCGGUGCUGGCAGAAACAAAUGGAACUAGUGUACAAGAAUUGUGUGUUACUGAGUGUGAAAGAAGCCAGUGCCGACUCCCCUGGGGUCAUAUGUGACUUUACACGUUGUAAAGUCUUGUGUCACAUGGGACAGAGGUGGGAGAUUGUAGACUUAAAACAAGCUUCUGUUCUGGAGCUUUGUUUCCCCAGUAAUGAAUAUUCUAUAAAUUUUUAUAACAUUUCCAGUGAGCAGCAGAAGAAAACAUCUCAGCAAAAAUGUGAUAUAACAGAAAAUGAUCAGCAGAGUACUUCAAGUGAACAAUAUUGCCUUUUUUGCCAGAAUGUCAACAAAGUAUGCGACUUUACUCUAGUUCGCAAUGAGAAGUUGUCCUGCAGACUUCUGGCCCGUGUCAUUGAACACGUUGACAACUUGUUGCAGGACUGGUACCCAGAGCUUGGCGAGCAACGUUUCAUUCAGAACAUCCACGGUCAGUAUCUAGUCAGUCGGCUUGUACCAUGUCCUUGCUGCUUGACCACCAUACAUCACAAACAACAGAAAUUCAAUAACAAAGACAACUGGAUUAUGGUCAAUGAUUUGAUUAACCAAUCAGAGCUGUGUCUAAGUUUAGACAAUAUGGAUGAGGAUCAAUCGAAAGACUGCUCUAACAAACUACUUGUCAAUUCGACUUUGCACUCGUUUUUGGUGGAGGAAUGCAUGUUAAAUGUUCUGGAACAGCAGUCUGCAAACUGCCCCAUUCAUGGAGACCUUGGUCGUUAUUGGGUUGCUUCAGAUAAUCAGCUUAAGAAACUUUAUUUGGCCCCUGAUAUUGUGUUCCGGGAUCUUGAGGAAUCGUUACUCUUUGACAGCGACCAAGUGGAACAAGUUGAAAGACUGGGCCGUGGGGAAUUUGGUAUUGUCUAUCGGGGAAUUUUACAUCGAGAGAAUUUGCCUACGAAAUCAAGUGCCAUAAAAAAUUUGUCUGAUACUAAAAGAAAUAGUACGACAAUUGACCAUCGUAUGUAUAAUGCAGUCCAUGCGUAUACAACAGCACGGCAAGAGAUUGCAAUUCUUCAGUCUCUUCAUCAUCCACAGAUUGUUGAACUUUUGGGCGUCGUUAUUCAUCCUUUGGCCUUAGUUCUUGAAUUGGCACCACAUGGCUCACUGAAUUCUUUAUUGAAAACAUAUCGAGAUAAGCAAGACAUGCUGCCUGUGUUUGCUGUUAAAAAUGUUAUAUUACAGAUUGCUUCAGCAUUAUCUUAUCUCCAUUCAAAAGGAAUAAUCUACCGCGACCUUAAAUCGGAAAACGUCCUUGUCUGGUCAUUCCCCAUUCCACUUACAGUAAAGCCUGACUUCCACGUUGAUGUCAGACUUGCUGACUACGGCAUCAGUCGUAUGUCCCUACCGACUGGAACUAAAGGCUUUGGUGGAACGCCACCUUUCAUUGCUCCAGAGAUACUUCAACAUGUUGGAAAGGACAUCUAUACAGAUAAGGUUGAUAGUUUCUCCUUUGGAAUGUUUAUCUAUGAAUUGGUCACCUGUCAGCAACCAUUAUGGAAAGAAUCUCAUGUUAAUAAUUUUAUCUGCCAAGGUGGACGGCCAAAACUAACUCCCGAGGAGACCGAAUGUCCUUCCCAUUUUCUUGAUUUGAUGACACUCUGCUGGUCGCAGGAAGCCAAAGAGCGUCCUUCUAUGGACGACAUCAUUAAAUUAGCAAGUUGUACAGAGUUUUGCCACUUUAUGGAUGCCGUUUCACUUGAAGCUGCUGUAACUGUUUUGGCAUCAUGCAUAUUCUUUUAUGGAUCCUCAUUAUCAGAGUCAUGUGCAUAUGAAAAUCUACGAGAUGCUGGGGAAAGUUACACCCAGCUCUGGCUAAGCACUCACCUGGCUGAUAAAAAUAUGCUGGAAAUCUACACCUUUUACCGAAAUAAAUGUGUGGAGAGCAAGUUUGUGAAACACCUCUCCGUACAUGCCUUGUGUAGCAGUGACCAGCAUGUGUGGGGUCUUGGAAAUAAACAAAUGGUAUACGUAUUUAGCCCUGAGAGUUUGCUCUGUAUCCAACAGAUAAUGUUGACUGUCGAACCAGUGUGCAGUCCACUGAACAUUCAUUAUUUAGAACAGAGCAAGAAGAUCCUUACCAUCUUCACCGAUGGCACUGUCAUAGCUUGUGAAGCAGAGAUAACCGAACACAGUCUGAAUCUGGAGGAAGAAAAUGAAGCUGUGGUGCAUACAUUGCAACUGCCAAGGAAUACAACAUUCUCAUCCACAGUUGUUGAAACUAGACAUCGUUGCUUACUGUGGAGGGGAACGACCGAUUGUAUGUUGGAAGUUUUUGAUAUCACAGACCUUCUGGAUUGGCAACAGAAACACGAUGUCAAGGCUAUGACAGUGGGGCACCUAGCAGAUGAGAAGGGCCAGAGUGUGUGUUAUCUUCUUGUUACAUGGUCAUCAGCUUUGACCAACACUGACUAUGUUUUCUCCUACAACUACCCAGGUUCUACUGUUGUGAGGUGGAAUGUUCACACUCAUCUUCAAGAAUCAACACUUGACUGUGAGUCUGCAGUUGCGGAUAUUAAGAGACCAAAAAAGAAGACCUGCCUCGUCACAGCUAUGAAUGUCAUUACAGGCCACCUGUAUGUUGGAACGACACUUGGGAUUAUUGUCGUGGCCGAAGCGCUAACCAUGGUGCCUCUUGCUAUCCUCCAGUGUCAUGGAACUAGCGAAUUCUACAUCAAAGCAAUCCAACCUUUACAGGUAGACACGGGCAUGAUGGAGGUAUGUACACCAGCAUCGACAGUUGGAAUUCCGCGGAGUGCUCAGUCAUCAAGAGACCAGCGAGGCAUCAUCACCGUUGGCCGAGGUUUCGUGGACCCUUUUAGAAACUUUCUGGAGCAGCUGAAAAGGUCCUCUGUGCCUUACUUGGAAAGCGGCAAACUUCCCGAUGACAUGUAUAAACGCCACGCGUUUCUUAUUAGCUGGAUUGCAGAGGACUGGUGCAAUUAUUGAUGUGUUUCAUCCGUUACUCUUUCAAACUUGUUCUCUUAAAAGUAAAAAUGAAAACUAUAACUUUUGGGGGAAAAAGCAAAACGUCUAGAAAUCAAUUUAAGGAAGACGGAAA